UCAACGUUGGCGUAACACUUAUGACCCUUAGCACUUGCCGUAGUCGGAGCCAGCGUCAUGGCGACUGUCAUCUGACUCAAAACUUUUGACGUGACAAACUUUUAGAACUGAUAUGUCUUUCACACUUUUGACAGCUAGUUUCAGGGCGCUCCAUCUUAUACGAUUUAAACUCGUAUCGGACACCAGGUGAACAGAACGCGAAACAACCAUCUUCAAGAUGUAAAUGUUUAUGUUGCUAACGGUUACCGGUGCAAAGAUGCAUCGCUGAUAGCUAACGGUUGCUAAGCUAGCCACUCAACGAAGUUAGCUCAACUUGGUGCCGGUGUCGCGGGAUUUCAAAUGUUAUACCAGGCACUAAACCGACCAUAACACAUCAAAGUGCCUGUUUCUGGCUUUAGACAGGUAGUUUUUCAUAUCAAAAUGUGUCGUUUUCUACGGUACUGUGUCAGUCACUGCCUUCAUGCAGCGAUGACCCGGCUGGAGGAGGUCAACGGAGAGGUAAGCAUGUGGUCGUCGGUCCGGUGGCUGGGCUACCUGUCCGGUCUCAACUUGCUGGUCGCCCUGUGUCUGGGGCUCUAUGCCCGGUGGGAGAGGACCGCGGAGUCCAGUCUUCUUGUCAUCUUCGUGUUGGCUCUGUUUGUCCUGGGGAUAGCAAGUGUGCUGUACUACUACAACAUGGAGAGGAUGAGCCUCAGCCUCCUCCACCUGUGGUUCGGCUUUCUGCUGGGUCUGCUCUGCCUCCUCAACAGCCCCGCCCUGGAGGGCGACGUGAAGGAGCAGGCGGCCAACUACAUGCUGCUGGCCAGUGUGGUUCUGAGGACGCUGUGGGCUCUGCUGGAGAGACUGCUGGGAUGCGCCAGAUACCGUCCUGCCUUCCUCACCUCGGCAGAGCGCCUGGAGCUGGCGGGCUUCGCCACUGCCAGCACGGCACUGCUCAUCCAGAAGUCAAUGAGCGUGAUGGUGCUGGUGGUGGCGCUGGCGACGGUGAUGGUUGCCCUCCGGAUGAAGGCGGUCCUGGCUCUUCCCAACUUGGUCUGCUUCGCCGUCAUCACGGCGGUGCUGUUCUUCAAGUCUCUGAACAUCACCACCAACCCGUUCGCCCUCGCCUGCUUCUUCAGCCAGCUCAUCUGCGACCCUCUGCUGGAUGUCUAUUUCAGUGGUCUCUCUGUGACCGAACGCUGGCAGCCUUUCCUGGUGUGGAGGGGCCUCUGGCGCCGGCUGUCCCUCCUGCCUCUGCUUGUGAUGGAGGUGACUUUCAUCAUCCUGGCCUCUCGGAAGCUGACAGACCUGUACCAGUGGUACUUCAUGAUCCCAGGAUUUGUGGUGUGUGUGCUCUUCUGGUCCAUCUGCCACUUGGUGUUUGUGAUCACUGUGUGGGGCUUUCAUACCAAGCUCAGUGAUUGCCAGAGGCUGUGCUUAUCCCAGGGGUCGGGCAUCAGCGGGCUGGACAAGAUCAUGGCCUCAAAGGGGAUGAGACACUUCUGUCUCCUCUCUGAACGCCUGGUGCUCUUCACGCUGGUGACAACUGUUGCUGUUGCUGCUCUUUGUUGGCAGGCCUCCAGCAGCAUCUUUGUGAGCAUGUUUCUGCUUGUCCUGCCUCUGGAGUGUCUUUUCCAUGGACUUUUCCAUGAACUCGGGAACAGCCUGGGAGGAACCUGUGUGGGCUACGCAGUGGUCAUCCCCACCAACUACUGCAGCCCUGACGGUCAGCCCAUGCUGCUGCCUCCAGACCAGGUGCAGGAGCUGAACAGACGCUCUACAGGCAUGUUGAACAACGUUCAGCGCUUCUUCGCCCAACACCUGAUUGAAACUUUCGGCUGUGACUACUCCACCAGCGGGGUGACUUUUGAGGCUCUGCAGGCCAAGAUCAAAUCCUUCUUGGAGCUCCGCACAGCAGACGGGCCUCGCCAUGACACCUACGUGAUCUUCUACAGCGGUCACACCCACAGGACUGGAGAGUGGGCGCUGGCAGGAGGAGACACUCUCCGCCUGGAUCACAUCUUGGAGUGGUGGAGAGAGAAGAACAGCAACUUCUGUUCACGCCUCAUUCUGGUGCUCGACUGCGAAGACUCGUUGCCGUGGGUGAAGGAGGUCAGGAAGGUGGAGGGUCUGUACGUGGCUGUGCAGGGAGCGACACUCUCCAGAGUGACAGACGUGGAGCUGCAGGACCCCCCGCAGCUCGGAGACUUCACCUCUCAGUGGGUGGAGUACAACUGCAACUCAAACAGCAGCAUCCAGUGGUCGGAGAGGGGCAGGCCGGUUUCUGCCGCCUACGGCAUCUCCAGACACUGGAGUGACUACACGCUGCACCUGCCAACAGGAAGUGAUCUUACUAACCACUGGAGCAUGUACUUUCCUCGGAUGACCUACCCGGUGGUUCAUCUGGCGCUGUGGUGCGGCAAUCUGAACCUGCUGUGGAUGUGCAGCGUCUGCCUGCGAUGUCUGAAGAGAGUCAAACUCAACUGGUUUCCACCAGCGAUAUUGGACACUGGCCAAGGCUUCAAACUGGUCAGAUCUUAGAAAUAUGACCAGCCUAUUUUUAUUUUAGAAUAACUUUCACACAUACCAUUUUCUAAAAGUCAUGUAAAAUAGGCAGCUACUGGAUCAUAAACUUAUCACUAACCUGUAUCAUUUUAAGUUACUGCAAAAAUAAUCACUUAGUUACUGAUUGGUGCAUUUUGUCUUUUUAGUACCAGUUUUUAUACUCUUUGCAAAUUGUUUUUGUUUAAUAUGUGUUGUUAGCUUUGAUUUCGAGAUCUUAACAUCCCUGGCAAACAUGUUUAUUUGUGGGAUGAUACUGAGCACAUUUAGACUAUUUGCACAUUUUUGCAUUGUAUUUACUUUUAGAUACAUUUGCAUGGUGCCUUUUACCAUAAAAUCACCAAAGAACAUCACCGAAGAGGCUGUGGUACAUUUUCAGAGGAAGAUCUCAGGCAUAAAUUAUAUCCUAAGCAGUCAGUUCUUAAAAUUUGAUAUUAUAUUUUUUUGACAUUGAAAUGAUUCCUCUUAUACUCCUCUGUACUUCACUAUGCAUUUUAUGCUGAAAGAGGAUUUUCUAUGCACUGCUUUGUGUUUGUUGCAACGGUAUUUUCUAAUACUUUUGGAGGUGAUGUAUAAAUCCACUCCAGCUGCUUCAGGGAGCCCAGAAAGAGUUUUAACUGUACUGAUAAAUACAGUAGAAUACAGUGAGAACUAUGAUAUUUAUGUAACAGUAAACAGCAGAAAUUCACUACACAAUGAGAUCUACUUUCUCUCUGGGGUUUAUUGCAGUUUACUGGGCUAUGCAAGAUUGUUCUGAUUGGUUCUAUGUGUAUGCAGAGGGGUUGGUUGUAAGGAAAUCAGAUGAAGAAUUCAUGAAACUGCAAUAAAAGAAGUUGGACUUCACUGCUCAACUUAUUAAUCUAAUAGGCUUCUUUUACUCCUCACUGGAUACAUUCUGCUAUAAACUAAAUGAAGCAGGUUAAUUCAUGUGUCAGACACUAAGAGAAUGAUAAAUGUCUGAUAUUCCUUUCAUAAAAAGUGUUUGGUCUGCAUUAGGGUAACUGUUUAUGGGGCUAUUUCCUGAAUAAUAUAAUUUUUUCAGUAAUUAUGGGGAAAACUAAGUUUUGAAACCGUUGAUUUGGUUUGUUGUGUUGAG